AUGCCCAAGCGUGCCGCACCGCUCUCGCUGCACCUCUCGCUGCCUUCGCCGCACGCCUCGUCGUCCAGUGGCUCCCUCGCCUCCUGCUCCUCCUCCGCCGCAGCCGCAGUCGCGCCAUGCACGCCGCCCUCCAACGCGGCGAACCACCCGUUCGCAAGCACGCACGGCGUGCCCGGUGCGCCGCGUGCGCCGCCUCGCGCGGCGCCGCGCUUCGUGCCGCGCGCCGAGCCGGCAUCGCCUACGGCGCACGCGCCGCCGAACAAGCGCAGACGGGCGGUGCUCGAUGAGCAACAGGAGGAGGAGGAGCAGCAUGGCUGGGAGGCAGUGAGGCCCAAGCUGCUCUGGCCUGCUACGCCGCCGGCGUCGGCAUCGAGCAGCCGCAGUGUCGCCGAGCUCGAGCCACUGCCGCUGGGUGCCGCAGCGCCCCUCUCGCCGCCGCCGUCGCCUCGACGCAUCUCGCCUCGCAAGCGCAUGCUCUCCGUCGACGCCGCAGCCGCAGCCGCAGCAGCGAUGCCAUCGCCUGCCUCGCCCAUGCUCGCUCCCCUCCUCUCCGCCUCCAGCGCCUCGUCCAGCGGCGCAAGCGUUUCAAGUCCAAGCAUCGCAGCAGCCAGCGCCUCGAAGCGUCCCAAGCUCUGCGUCUCGCUCUCCUCGUCCAUGCUGCGCACGCGCGCCCAGCUGCGCGCCGCCGCCGCGCUCUCUUCUCCCUCGCCUCUGCUCGGCAGCGGCGGCACGCCUCCCUGUCCUCCUUCUUCAGCAUGCGGGCCCCGCGGCACGCGCACACGCAGAAGCAGCGUGAGCCAGCGCGCAAGGAGUCGCAGCAACAGCCGCAACAGUCAGAGUCGCACGAGCGCCAGUCCGGCCCCCUGUGCUUGGCGCUCCAGAGGCGCCUCGGGCACUCCGAGCGCAGCAGCGGGCACGCAGGCAGGCGACUACUUUGGCGAGACGUGGUGUGGCGCUUUUGCGGCACGGCGCGUCUGCUGA